GGAAAAACUAGUCUUGUACACAUACUUUGUCAUAAUGAAGCAUUACGAAAUCCAACAUGGACAAUAGGCUGUUCUGUAGACGUUAAGAAAUCAUAUUUUGUGGAAUUUAUUGAUGUCGGAGGAUCCUCAAAGCAUAAAUCUGUUCGUAAUAUGUUUUAUCAACAAAUUAAUGGAAUAAUAUUAGUCCACGAUGUUAGUAAUAGAAAAUCAUAUUAUAAUUUAUGGAGAUGGAUUGCGGAGAUCAUACAUUCGGAUGCUUACAAAGAAAGUGAAAGAUUAAAUAAUG